UCCCGGCAUGCUUGCCAGCCAGCGACAUGAACACACAGGGAAGGAUGAUGAAGCUAAGAUGGCAGCGCUGCUAGGGGUGCUGUCUUUACGGGGUCGAGAAAAACAGCAGGAACACCCGCGAAGCACGGACGCCAGCUCGCGCUUUUGACUGGUUUCGCUUCAGGCAGUCGGGUCGCCUGCAGUCGAGGAAAUAACGGUCGGUUUUGGACCCGGGCGAAGGAACGGACGCGUAUUUCGCAGUCGCAGCAGAGCGGCUAACCGUAAACGUCGUUUAAAUUGGAGGUGCUCGGAUGUACGUUAAUUCGCCGGGUGUUUUUGCGGAGCGGAUUUAUGGGGUGUGCUUGGGACUUUUGAGGUAGCUCUGUUGACUGACACUGUAAUCUAAUAUAUGCGUUGUUCCCCUAAACGAUGAUGUGUGCUGCUGCGGCAGCGGGUGCCGGUGACAGCGGGAUCCCGUCCUCCUCGUCCCACUCCAUGGAGCUGGGAGUCAGGGUCAUUCCCGGAGCUGGAAGCGAUCUCGCAUCGAUCGGAGCAGGCAUGGGCUCCUGUCCUGUUGUGGGGGCCCGCUCGGAUUGUCGGAGCCGCUACCAGCUGCUUCUCUCGGGGCGAGCACUGGCGGAGCGGUACCGGAGGAUCUACACCACCGCGAUCAACGACAAAGAGCAGGGGCUCAACCUCGGCAGGUGGAAGCUCAGUUUGAAAAAAAAGACAAUAAAGCGAAGACCCAAAAUUUUUUCAAAAAUGAAAACAAAAAGAAAAACAGACACUCUGGAUGGGGCCUUUCCAGUGCCUGACAUCAAACUCCACAGCAACCCCUCUGCAUUCAACGUCUACUGUAAUGUACGGCACUGCGUCCUGGACUGGCAGCAGAAGGAGGCCGCGUUGGCCCUGGCCUCCCGCAACUCUGUGCAGAGCGGCGACUCAGACAGUGAGGAGGAAGAGGAGUACCGCGAACCCACCAUCAAACUCCCCAAGAUCAUUGGUAUUGGGCUAUGUGGAGUGUUUGAGCUCAUCAAAGAGACUCGUUUCUCGCACCCGUCACUGUGCUUACGGAGCCUUCAGGCACUUCUAGAUAUGCUCCAGGGGCAGCAGCCGGAGAGCUUUCAGACCGAACCUCCAGAUGUGCUGGAGUCUCUCUUUCAUCUUCUGCUGGAGACAACGGUGCGGAGCACAGGGAUGAACGACCCCACCGGUCAGACCCUCACAGCGCUAUCCUGUGCCUGCCUCUUCAGCCUGGUGGUGGCCUGGGGAGACACUGGCAAAAUCCUCCAGGCUGUGUCUGCCAUUCUCACCAACAAUGGCAGUCAUGCAUGUCAGACCAUCCAGGUUCCAACAAUCCUGAACGCUCUUCAGAGGAGUGUGCAGGCUGUGUUGGUGGGAAAGAUCCAGAUCCAGGACUGGAUUGGGAACGGCAUCAAACGAGCUGCACUGAUGAACAAAUGGGUCCUGAAGGAGGUGAACAUUGAUGAAGAUGAACGCUGUCUUCUUCAGACUGAUGGUUCCUUCCUGUACCUGCUCUGUAAAGAUGGCCUCUUCAAAGUGGGCUCAGGGUACAGUGGCACUGUGCGGGGCCAUGUGUACAACUCCACAUCACGUAUCAGGAACCGUAAGGAGAAAAGUUCAUGGCUGGGAUUCGCCCAGGGUUGUUUGCUGUAUCGAGACAUGAACAGUCACAGCAUGGCGGCCAUUAAGAUCAACCCAGAGACUCUGGAGCAGGAGGGCACCGUCACAAUGCCGGGUCUACAAGCAGAUGGUCAGAACAUCAUAUUCACUGAUGGAGAAUAUAUCAACCAGAUAGCAGCCUGCAAAGAUGAUGGCUUUGUGGUGCGGAUCUACGCCACAAGCUCAGACCCGGCCCUACAGCAGGAACUGCAGCUCAAACUGGCCAGGAAGUGUCUUCAUGCCUGUGGCAUCUCCCUCUUUGACCUGGAGAAAGACCUUCAUAUCAUUAGCACAGGGUUUGAUGAGGAAGCAGCCCUGAUUGGAGCUGGCAGAGAGUUUGCUUUGAUGAAAACGGCAUCUGGGAAGAUCUACUAUACUGGAAAGUAUCAGAGCCUCGGUAUCAAGCAGGGCGGCCCGUCGGCUGGGAAGUGGGUGGAGCUGCCAGUAACUAAGUCGCCCAAGAUUGUGCAGUUCUCAGUGGGCCAUGACGGCUCCCACGCCCUGCUGGUGGCGGAGGAUGGGAGCGUCUUCUUCACGGGCUCUGCCAGCAAAGGGGAGGAUGGAGAGUCAACAAAGAGCAGGAGACAACCAAAGCCCUACAAACCCAAGAAGAUGAUCAAACUCGAGACCAAGACCUCCAUCUAUACGGCCUGCAACAAUGGCAGUAGCAGCAUUGUCACUAAAGAUGGAGAGCUCUACAUGUUUGGCAAGGAUGCCAUUUACAGCGACAGUACCUGUCAGGUGUCAGAUCUGAAGGGACACUUUGUAACUCAGGUAGCCAUGGGAAAAGCUCACACCUGUGUCCUGACCAAGAGCGGGGAGGUGUGGACAUUUGGAGUGAACAACAAGGGCCAGUGUGGCCGAGACACUGGAGCCAUGAGCCAGGCAGGGAAAGCAUUUGGAGUAGAGAACAUGGCCACCGCAAUGGACGAGGACUUGGAGGACGAGCUGGAUGAGAAGGAGGAGAAAUCUAUGAUGUGUCAGCCAGGCAUGCACAAGUGGAAGCUGGACCAGUGUAUGGUGUGCACCGUGUGUGGAGACUGCACCGGGUAUGGAGCCAGCUGUGUGAGCAGUGGCAGACCAGACAGAGUGCCAGGAGGGAUUUGUGGCUGCGGCUCUGGUGAGUCGGGCUGUUCGUCAUGUGGCUGCUGUAAGGCUUGUGCCAGAGAGCUGGAUGGUCAGGAGGCCAGACAGAGAGGAAUCUUUGAUGCUGUGAAGGAAAUGAUACCGCUGGACCUGCUGUUAGGCGUCAAUAUAGAGGAGCACACCCAGAUUCGACAGGAGGAGAAGAGACAGCGCAUCAACCGCCGGCACCGGCUGGAAGAGGGCCGAGAUGGCAGCAGUGAACGCGGGGACAAAGAUGCCAGUAAGAUCACUACAUAUCCUCCCGGGGCCGUACGCUUCGACUGUGAGCUGCGAGCCGUGCAGGUCAGCUGCGGUUUCCACCACUCCGUGGUGUUAAUGGAGAAUGGAGAUGUUUACACCUUUGGUUAUGGACAGCAUGGACAACUUGGGCAUGGAGAUGUUAAUUCUAGGGGGUCUCCCACUCUGGUGCAAGCUCUGCCCGGCCCCAGUACUCAGGUGACGGCAGGCAGUAACCACACUGCAGUGCUUCUCAUGGAUGGACAGGUCUUUACGUUCGGGAGUUUCUCUAAAGGGCAGUUAGGACGGCCCAUCCUAGACAUGCCCUACUGGAACGCCAAGCCCUCUCCGAUGCCCAACAUUGGCGCCAAGUACGGCCGAAAAGCCACAUGGAUCGGGGCCAGCGGUGAUCAAACCUUCCUUAGAAUCGACGAGGCACUAAUCAACUCCCACAUCCUGGCCACCUCCGAGAUUUUUGCCAGCAAGCACAUCAUCGGUUUGGUUCCAACAUCGGUAUCUGAGCCUCCUCCCUUCAAAUGUCUACUGAUCAACAAACUGGACGGGAGCUGCCGCACCUUCAAUGACUCAGAGCAGGAGGAUCUCCAGGGUUUCGGCCUCUGUUUGGACCCCGUCUAUGAUGUCAUCUGGAGGUUUCUGCCUUCCACACGUGAAAUGUGCUGCUAUAACGCGGUGAUAGCAGACGCCCGUGUGCCCACUGCCUCGGACAUCCAGGCCCUCUGCAGCAUCCUGAGUCCUGAGCUGGCUCUGCCCUCAGGCUCCCACACCACCACCACCCGUUCCCACGGAGCGCUGCACAUCCUGGGUUGUCUGGACACACUGGCUGUGAUGCAGGAGCUGAAGAUGGGUGUGGCCAGUGCUGAGGAAGAGACUCAGGCUGUGAUGAAGGUCUACUCUAAAGAGGACUACAGCGUGGUCAACCGCUUCGAGAGUCACGGAGGAGGCUGGGGUUACUCUGCCCACUCAGUGGAGGCCGUUCGCUUCUGCGCCGAUGCUGACAUCUUGUUAGGGGGUUUGGGUCUUUUUGGUGGCCGAGGGGAGUACACUGCAAAAAUCAAGCUGUUUGAGCUGGGGCCAGAUGGAGGAGACCAUGAGACUGAUGGAGACCUGCUGGCCGAGACAGAUGUUCUAGCAUAUGACUGUGCUGCUCGGGAGAAGUACGCCAUGAUGUUCGACGAGCCUGUGCUGCUGCAGUUGGGCUGGUGGUAUGUGGCGUGGGCUCGUGUGUCUGGACCCAGCAGUGACUGCGGCUCCCACGGCCAGGCCACCAUCACUACUGAUGAUGGAGUGGUCUUUCAGUUCAAGAGCUCAAAGAAAUCAAACAAUGGUACUGAUGUGAAUGCUGGACAAAUACCUCAGCUGCUGUACAGGUUGCCCUCUAAUGAUGGUAACGCAUCCAAAGGAAAGCAGCAGACCAGUGAGCCUGUGCACAUCUUAAAGCGUUCUUUCGCCAGGACCGUGUCUGUGGACUGUUUUGAGUCUCUGCUGAGUAUCCUGCACUGGAGCUGGACCACGCUGGUUUUGGGGGUGGAGGAACUGAGGGGCCUGAAAGGUUUCCAGUUCACAGCCACUCUUCUGGACCUGGAGCGCCUGCGGUUUGUGGGGACCUGCUGCCUGCGACUGUUACGCGUCUACAUCUGCGAAAUCUUCCCCAUUUCUGCCAGUACCAAAGCGGUUGUGGAGGAGUCCAGCAAGCUGGCGGAGUGUGUAGGAAAGACACGCAGCCUCCUGAAGAAGAUCCUGUCAGAGGGGAUGGACAACUGCCUGACCAAGCUGGACAACGACCCGCAGGGAUAUCUGAGUCAACCCCUCACGCUGCUGGAGGCCGUGCUGCAAGAGUGCCACAACACCUUCACCGCCUGCUUCCACUCGUUCUACCCCACGCCGGCCCUGCAGUGGGCCUGCCUCUGCGACCUGCUCAACUGCCUGGACCAGGACAUUCAAGAGGCUAACUUCCGCACGUCGAGCAGCCGUCUGCUGGCCGCGGUGAUGUCAGCACUGUGUAACACGUCGGUCAAGCUGACCUCCGUCUUGCCCAUCGCGUACGACGGGGAGGUGUUGCUGCGCUCCCUCGUCAAGCAGGUCAGCACUGAGAACGACUCUGCCCUCGCUCACCGCUUCCCCCUGCUGGUGGCACACAUGGAGAAGCUCAGCCACACGGAAGAGAAUCUCAUGGGCAUGACGACUUUCCGGGAGGUUCUGGAGAAGAUGCUUGUCAUUGUGGUGCUUCCUGUGAGGAAGAGUCUGAGGAAGGAGGUUGAGCUCUUUUCUCCUCAUCUGGUGUCCAACACCUGUGGCCUGCUGGCCAGUAUCGUCAGUGAGCUUACUGCCUCUGCUCUCGGCUCUGAGCUGGAUGGGCUGAACUCCCUGCACUCUGUGAAGGCCACCCCCAACCGCUUCACCAAGACCAGCCAAGGACGCAGCUGGAACACAGGCAACGGCUCCCCCGAUGCCAUCUGCUUCAUGGUGGACAAGCCAGGGGUGGUGCUGGUGGGUUUCUGUGUGUACGGAGGAGGAGGCAUCCAUGAGCAUGAGCUGGAGGUGCUCGCUGAUGAUGCUCAGACGGAGCACCCUGGAGAUUCCGCCCACACCCACAGAUGGACGUCUCUAGAACUGGUCAAAGGGACUUACAGCACUGACGACUCCCCAAGUGACAUCGCUGAGAUCCGUCUGGACAAAGCUGUUCCUCUGAAGGAGAAUGUGAAAUAUGCUGUCCGCCUGCGGAACUAUGGCAGCCGCACAGCCAAUGGGGAUGGAGGCAUGACCACCGUGCAGUGCUCUGAUGGAGUUGCCUUCACCUUCAGCACCUGCAGCCUGAGCAGCAAUGGCACCAACCAGACCAGAGGCCAGAUUCCUCAGGUUCUCUAUUACAGGAGUGAAUAUGAUGGUGACCUGCAGUCACAGCUGUUAAGCAAAGCCAAUGAAGAGGACAAGAACUGCAGUCGUGCUCUUUCUGUAGUCAGUGUGGUGGUACGGGCGGCCAAAGACCUCCUCCACAGGGCCUUUGCUGUGGAUGUUGAAGACAUUCCAGAACUCCUGAGUUCCUCCAGUCUCUUCUCAAUGCUGCUUCCACUUAUUUUGGCAUACAUUGGUCCUGUGGCUGCCUCUGUCCCUAAGGCUGCGGUGGAGGUGUUUGGUUUGGUGCAGGAACUUCUUCCAGCUGUUUCUGCCCUGAACCAGAAAUAUGCCCCUCCUGCUUUCAAUCCUAACCAGUCCACAGACAGCACCACUGGGAACCAGCCGGAGCAGGGCCUGUCAGCUUGCACCACCUCUAAUCAUUAUGCUGUCAUAGAGAGUGAUCACCCUUACAAGCAGGCUGCAGUCACCCAGUACAAGGUUUCCUUUCCAGACUGCGUUCGCUGGAUGACUGUUGAGUUUGAUCCUCAGUGUGGCACAGCACAGCCGGAAGAUGUCCUCCGUCUGCUGAUCCCCAGCCGUUCGAUGCACUUCUCUGGACUUGGCUCCAAAGCUCUGGUUCACGAGACCAUCAACAGCUGGACCGAGCUCAAGAAGUUCUCUGGCUCCAGUGGCUGGCCCACCGCUGUCUUGGUGCUGCCAGGUAACGAAGCCCACUUCUCCUUGGAAACGGCAUCGGAUUAUGUGAAAGACGAGAAAGCCUGUUUCUAUGGAUUCAAAUGUGUAGCUGUCGGUUAUGAGUUUAACCCUGGUCUUGAUGAGGGAAUUAUUCAGCUGGAGAAGGAAUUGGCCUAUUUGGGAAGCGUGUGUGCAGAUGCACUCAUGAAAAAGGAUCUUGCCCUACCCAUAGGAAAUGAACUGGAGGAGGAUUUGGAGAUUUUAGAGGAGGCCUCACUCCAGGUGUGUAAAGCCCACUCAGGGCUCCUGGGGAAGGGACUGGCCCUCUCUCACUCUCCCUCAAUCCUAGAGGCACUGGAGGGGAACCUGCCACUGCACCUGCAAACUAACGAACACUCCUUCCUAGAGGACUUCAUCACCUGUGUGCAGAACUCCAGCGGCGGGCGGCUCGCCAGGUGGCUUCAGCCAGACUCCUACGCAGACCCUCAGAAGACCUCGCUCAUCCUGAACAAAGAUGACAUCCGCUGUGGCUGGCCCACUACUGUUGUGGUGCAGACCAAAGACCAAUAUGGAGAUGUUGUGCAUGUGCCAAACAUGAAGGUUGAAGUCAAGGCUGUUCCUGUCUCUCAGAAGAAGUCCAUCCAGCAGGAGAACGUGAAGAAGCUACAGCGUUUGCCAGGCAGCUCCUCUAAUUCCACAUCUGGCACUGAUCUCACCUAUGGUGGCCACCCACCGCCCAAACUGGAGGCGACAUAUGAGCCCAUGAUCAUCAAAGAGGCCCGUUAUAUCGCCAUCACCAUGAUGAAGGCAUAUGAAAAUUACUCCUUUGAAGAGCUUCGCUUCGCCUCACCGACACCAAAGAGACCCAGUGAGAACAUGCUUAUCCGGGCAAACACAGACGGCACCUACAGCGCUAACUGGACCCCUGGUGCUGUUGGGCUUUACACCAUUCAUGUGACCAUCGAUGGCAUUGAGAUUGAUGCUGGUCUGGAGGUCGAGGUCAAAGACCCUCCCAAAGGAAUGAUCCCUCCAGGCACACAGAUGGUCAAACCUAAAGCUGAACCUCAACCUAGCAAGGUGCGCAAAUUUGUGGCCAAGGACAGCGCAGGGCUGCGUGUGCGUAGUCACCCCUCUCUGCAGAGCGAACAGAUAGGCAUAGUCCAAGUCAAUGGCACCAUCACAUUCAUUGACGAGAUCCACAAUGAUGAUGGUGUCUGGCUCAGACUGAAUGAUGAGACAGUUAAGAAGUAUGUUCCCAACAUGAAUGGGUACACUGAAGCCUGGUGCCUCUCUUUUAACCAGCAUCUGGGUAGAAGCCUCCUGGUCCCUGUCGACGUGAUAAACCCGGAGGGCACCUGGGUUCAGCUUGAUAAGAACAGUGUGGUGGAGUUCUGUGAGAGUGAUGAUGGGGAGGCCUGGUCUCUGGCCCGAGACAGAGGGGGAAACCAGUACCUGCGUCACGAGGAAGAGCAAGCGAUUUUGGAGCAUGGAGCCCAGACCCCUCCUCCCAGCCCAUUCUCAGUCCAGGCGUUUAACAGGGGCGCGGGAAGCUGCGGGGCUCAGGGCUUUGACUAUGGCAUCAACAACAAAGGUGACAGGGAUAACAUGGCCAGUCGGUCUAUGUCUCCAGGCAGCAAGCAUCGUCAAGAGAGUCGAUCCUCCAAAAUGGACAGUCACUCUAGCCGAUCUGUUGACCAGGUGAAGAGCAAGAACAAUGACAGUCUGUCUGCCAGCGAAGCCCUCAUUCUCAAAUCAGACACCGGCAAACUGCGGUCUGACUCUCACAGCCGCUCCCAUUCCCCUAACCACAACACUUUACAAGCCCUAAAAGCUGAUGGCCGAACUCCAGGCCUUAGGGCUGAGUCUCCGAACCCUGGCUCCCGUUCCUCCUCACCCAAACAGAAAGCCUUUAAUUCAGGCAGAUCUAGCCCUUCCAGCAACAGUUCCCCACGUUCAUCCUCUCCUCAUGAUAAGAACCUGCCCUCUAAAGUUAGUCCUUCUAAAGCUCACCUGGACCCUCCACGUGAGAGAUCUAAAUCUGAUUCUUAUACGCUAGACCCUGACACUCUUAGAAAGAAGAAAGUUCCUCUCAUGGAACCUCUGAGGGGCAGGUCUACGUCUCCAAAGCCAAAAACUUCACCCAAAGAAAGCAAAGGAGGAAGCAUCAAUGCCGAGAACCGAGCCCCAUCUCCUCAUGUAGUUCAGGAAAACCUCCACAGUGAAGUGGUGGAGGUGUGUAGGUCCAGCACCUUGCUAUCCAACGAUGAAGCCAAUGAUGAGAAUGCAGAGUUGAACAAUGCUGAAGAGGGCUCCUCCAAGGUCCACUUUAGUAUCGGAAAAGCCCCAGUCAAGGAGGAACUUGAAAGUCGUUCUUCACCCAAAGUCAGCCGUAAAACCUCCAGCAAGCAUGUGAGACCCAAAAAAGACAAAUCAGGGCCACUCUUUAAGGGUGAAAACGUGCGUCCCACUGAACCCGCCAAGCAAGCCAUGUCGCCUUCUGUUGCAGAAUGUGCCCGUGCUGUUUUUGCUGCCUUCCUGUGGCAUGAGGGCAUAGUACAUGAUGCCAUGGCAUGUUCUUCCUUCCUCAAGUUCAACCCUGAGCUGACCAAAGAACAUGCACCCAUCCGUAAUUCUCUCAGCUGCCAACAGGGUUUUGAGGAGAAGGAGAGCAAACUGAAGAACCGUCACUCUUUGGAGAUCUCCUCGGCACUCAACAUGUUCAACAUAUCACCACAUGGCCCAGACAUUUCCAAGAUGGGUAGCAUCAACAAGAACAAGGUUCUGUCCAUGCUAAAAGAGCCACCCUUGCCCGAGAAGUGCGAGGAUGGAAAAAGUGAGGCGGUCUCCUACGAGAUGACUAGCCACUCCUCCAUGAGGUCUAAGUCCAUCUUGCCUCUCACCCUCCAGCACCUAGUUGCCUUCUGGGAGGAUAUAUCCAUGGCUACCAUAAAAGCGGCUACACAGAAUAUGAUCUUCCCGAGUCCAGGGUCCAGUGCUAUCCUUAAAAAGAAGGAAAAUGAAAAGGACGGCAAGAAGACCAAGAAAGAGAAGAAGAAGAAGGAGAAAGCGGAGAUUCGCCCCAGGGGGAACCUCUUUGGAGAGAUGGCGCAGUUAGCUAUGGGAGGCCCAGAGAAGGAUACCAUCUGUGAGCUGUGUGGAGAGUCUCACCCAUACCCUGUUACCUACCACAUGAGACAGACCCACCCAGGCUGUGGCCGGUAUGCUGGAGGUCAGGGCUAUAACAGUAUUGGUCACUUUUGUGGAGGCUGGGCUGGUAAUUGUGGAGAUGGUGGGAUUGGAGGAAGCACCUGGUACUUGGUGUGUGAUCGUUGUAGAGAGAAGUACCUGAGAGAUAAACAAACGGCUGCCAGAGAAAAGGUUAAGCAGUCAAGGAAGAAACCUCUCCAGGUUAAAACCCCACGCUCUCUGCCCACGAUGGAGGCCCACCAGGUGAUCCGUGCCAAUGCACUGUUCCUGCUGUCUCUGAGCAGCGCCGCUGAGCCAAGUCUACUUUGCCAUCACCCACCUAAACCCUUCCACACACAUCUGCCCAGCCUCAAAGAGGGAGUGUCUGAGGAACUACCCAACAAGAUGGGCUGCCUCUAUCUGCAAACGCUAGCCCGCCAACACACUGAGAACUUUGGGGCCUAUCAAGAUGACAACCUGUUUCAGGAUGAGAUGCGUUACUUGCGUUCUACGUCAGUCCCUGCUCCCUACAUCUCAGUCACUCCAGAUGCCUGCCCCAAUGUUUUUGAAGAGCCAGGAAGUAACAUGAAGUCCAUGCCCCCAAGUUUGGAGACAAGUCCAAUCACAGACAGUGACACGGCCAAGCGGACAGUAUUCCAGCGCUCAUAUUCAGUGGUUGCCUCUGAGUAUGAUAAGCAGCACUCAGCCUCCCCAGCACGGGUCAAAGCAGUACCGAGACGCAGGGUACACAGCGGGGAUGCAGAAGUUGGGUCAUCUCUGCUUCGUCACCCUUCUCCUGAGUUGUCUCGACUGAUCUCAGCCCAUGGCUCUCUCAGCAAGGGUGAAAGGAACUUCCAGUGGCCUGUGCUGGCAUUUGUUAUCCAGCAUCAUGAUCUAGAGGGUCUGGAGGUGGCUAUGAAGCAUGCACUCCGCAAAUCAGCAUGCAGGGUGUUUGCCAUGGAGGCUUUUAAUUGGCUGCUGUGUAACGUUACCCAAACCACCUCCCUCCAUGAUAUCCUGUGGCACUUUGUGGCGUCUCUGACUCCGUCUCCCUUUGAGGCGGAAGAAGAGGAGGAUGAAGAGAACAAAGGGAACAAGGAGAACCUCGAGCAGGAGAAGGAUUUAGGUGUCUGUGAGCACCCCCUGUCUGACAUUCUCAUCGCAGGAGAGGCGGCUCACCCGCUGCCCCACACCUUCCACCGUCUGCUCCAGACCAUCUCUGACCUCAUGAUGUCACUUCCCAGUGGAAGCUCACUUCAGCAGAUGGCCCUGAGGUGUUGGAGUCUUAAAUUCAAACAAUCAGAUCAUCAGUUCCUGCACCAGAGUAAUGUGUUUCACCACAUCAACAACAUCCUGUCCAAAUCAGAUGAUGGGGACAGUGAGGAGAGUUUUAACAUCAGCGUACAGUCGGGAUACGAAGCGAUUAGUCAGGAACUUUGUGUAGUGACCUGCCUGAAAGAUCUGACCAGCGUGGUGGACAUUAAAACGUCCAGCCGACCAGCCAUGAUCGGCAGCCUGACUGAUGGCUCCACUGAGACGUUCUGGGAGUCUGGAGAUGAAGAUAAGAACAAAACAAAGAGCAUCACUAUCAGCUGUGUCAAAGGCAUCAAUGCCUCAUAUGUCUCUGUCCAUGUCGACAACUCUCGUGACAUUGGAAAUAAAGUUACAUCAAUGAUAUUCCUUUGUGGGAAGGCUGUGGAAGAUCUCUGCAGAAUCAAACAGUUUGACUUAGACUCAAGGCACAUGGGCUGGGUGACCAGCGAGCUGCCUGGAGGAGACCAUCAUGUGAUCAAGAUCGAACUUAAGGGUCCUGAGAACACACUUCGGGUACGGCAGGUCAAAGUGCUUGGCUGGAAGGAGGGCGAGAGCAUCAAGAUUGCUGGGCAUAUAUCAGCCAGUGUAGCUCAGCAGAAGAACUGUGAGGCUGAGACGCUGCGUGUCUUCCGCCUCAUUACAUCACAGGUAUUUGGAAAACUAAUUUGUGGGGAUGCAGAACCAACACCAGAACAAGAAGAGAAGAACCUGCUCUCCUCACCUGAGGGUGAAGACAAGGCUCCAUCUGAUGCAGACUUGAAGGAGCACAUGGUUGGCAUUAUUUUCAGCAGGAGCAAACUGACCAACCUUCAGAAACAGGUAUGUGCUCAUAUCGUUCAGGCCAUCCGUAUGGAGGCCACACGAGUGCGGGAGGAAUGGGAGCACACCAUUUCCAGCAAGGAGAACGCAAACUCUCAGCCCAGUGACGACGACGCCUCCUCUGAUGCUUACUGCUUUGAGCUGUUGUCUAUGGUGCUGGCCUUGAGUGGAUCUAACGUUGGGCGGCAGUACCUAGCCCAGCAGCUCACCCUACUGCAGGACCUCUUCUCCCUCCUUCACACCGCUUCGCCACGCGUCCAGAGACAGGUGACGUCACUGCUCAGGCGCGUUCUUCCUGAGGUCACUCCCAUGCGCCUGGCCAGCGUCAUCGGCGUAAAGGCUCUACCACCAGCAGACAUCAGUGACAUCAUCCACUCCACCGAGAAGAGCGACUGGACCAAGCUGGGCAUUUUAGAUAUGUUUCUGGGCUGCAUCGCAAAGGCCCUCACUGUGCAGCUCAAGGCGAAGGGCACCACUAUAGUUGGCACAGCUGGCAUGGCUGCAGGCAAAGGAGUCACUACAGUCACCCUACCCAUGAUCUUCAACUCAAGCUACAUACGGCGUGGAAUAAGUCACUGGUGGAUGAAGGGCUCCACUCCUCCUCAGAUCGCUGAGAUUAUCAUUAAACUUGUCAAAGACAUGGCUGCUGGCCACCUCUCGGAUGCCUGGUCCAGGGUGACUAAGAAUGCUAUUGCUGAGACCAUCAUUGCGCUCACUAAGAUGGAAGAGGAGCAUCGCUGUCCAGUGCGCUGCAUUGCCACCACUCGGCUAUGGCUCGCAUUGGCCUCUCUGUGUGUGCUGGAUCAGGACCACGUGGACCGACUGUCUUCAGGACGCUGGAUGGGCAAAGACGGGCAGCAGAAGCAGAUGCCCAUGUGUGAUAAUCAUGACGACGGAGAGACGGCAGCCAUUAUUCUGUGUAAUGCUUGUGGAAACCUGUGCACUGACUGCGACCGCUUCCUCCAUCUCCACCGCCGCACACGGACCCACCAGAGACAGGUCUUUAAGGAGGAGGAAGAGGCCAUUAAGGUGGACCUACAUGAAGGCUGUGGUAGAACCAAACUCUUUUGGCUCAUGGCAUUGGCCGAUUCGAAGACCAUGAAGGCCAUGGUGGAGUUCCGCGAGCACACAGGUAAACCAGCAUCCAGCAGUUCAGACGUCUGCCGCUUCUGUGGCACCAGGAACGGCACAGAGCUGUCUGCAGUAGGAAGUGUAUGUUCAGACCAAGACUGUCAGGAGUACGCAAAACUGGCCUGCAGUAAGACUCAUCCGUGCGGUCACCCGUGUGGAGGGGUCAAAAAUGAAGAGCUGUGUCUUCCCUGUUUACAUGGUUGUGACAAAACCACAGCCUGUCUGAAACAGGAUGCUGACGAUAUGUGUAUGAUUUGCUUCACUGAGGCUCUGUCUGCUGCUCCAGCAAUCCAGCUGGACUGCAGUCACGUGUUCCAUCUUCAGUGCACAAGAAGGGUUCUGGAGAACCGCUGGCUUGGGCCCAGGAUAACCUUCGGGUUCAUGUCUUGCCCUAUUUGCAAGAACAAAAUAAACCACUCUGUCCUAAAAGAUCUGCUCGAGCCCAUCAAAGAGCUGUAUGAGGACGUGAGGAGGAAGGCUUUAAUGAGACUGGAGUAUGAAGGACUGCACAAGAGUGAAGCCAUCACAAUGUCUGGAGCUCGAUUCUACAACAACCCAGCUGGAUUUGCCAUGAACAGAUAUGCUUACUACGUCUGCUUCAAGUGCAAAAAGGCCUAUUUUGGGGGAGAAGCUCGCUGUGAUGCCGAGGCAGGACAAGGCGACGAUUAUGAUCCCCGUGAGCUCAUCUGUGGUGCGUGCUCGGAUGUGUCCAGAGCACAGAUGUGCUCUAAACAUGGGACAGAUUUCCUGGAGUAUAAAUGUCGUUACUGUUGCUCUGUGGCUGUGUUCUUCUGCUUUGGGACGACACAUUUUUGCAACGCCUGUCAUGAUGAUUUCCAGAGGAUGACCAGUGUCCCAAAAGAAGAGCUGCCUCAUUGUCCUGCUGGACCAAAAGGAAAACAGUUAGAAGGAAGCGAGUGUCCCCUGCAUGUGGUACAUCCUCCCACCGGAGAGGAGUUCGCCCUGGGCUGCGGCGUGUGUAGAAAUGCCCAUACCUUCUAAAUGCAAGAGUCCUAUAAUGAUCUCUAUAUAUAUAUAUAUAUUCACCCUCCUGUGGCGGCCGACUCCUUCUUCAGCGCAGCCCGAGAGCAGAUACAGCGGACGUCCCAUUCUGAGGGGGCUGUGACGGGCUGCUGUGCACCAGGGUGCAUCCCUACCCUCUCUCUUUAGAUGCUGAAGAAUGAAAAAAAAUAACAAAAAAAAUAAAUAACGUUGUGACGUGUUUGCAUGCAGCCGUUGUAACCCUGCGGCUUGUAUAAACGUUGCACACCUCCUGACCACUGAAGGGUAACAAUGUAUGGAGGAUUUUGGGAUCCGAGACCACCACGGAUGGGCCAUGAUUUCAGCUUCUCGAAUACAAAUGUAAGAUUCUAUUGUUGUAUGUAAACGGACUUUGUUUUCGUAAUCCUGUACAGUAUUCCUUCACUUUGGAGUGCAUCAUGGUUUGACGGCUAAAGAUUCAAAUGCUAUAAGAGGACUUUAGAAUGUGAUGCUGGAGGAAAAUAGUGUACGAUUGAUCUAAUCUUGUAUAUAAUGACAGUAACCCUUCAUAUGUGUAUCCCGACGUUGCUACUCUACUCUACACUUCAGUUUUGUUUGAUAUUCUGGGUUAUGUUUUGAGCCAGAACUUUUAAUGAAGUGCAAUACUGGGCGUGCCUCCUCGCAGAUGUAAACAUAUGGAAUGUAUGCCAAUAAAGCCACUGUACAUUUUUAUACAGUGAUACACACACUGUUGUGUUUUCCCCGGCAAGUGUGCCAUCAUUUCUGUAGUCAGAACCUUAUCGAGGGGCUUGUUGUCUGCGGUGUCUGCGCUGUUGUCUCAAUGACGUGGUAUAAACCCCCUUUUUCUGUCAAGGUGAGUAUGUUUUGCUUUUGUAUUGUAAGAACACGUCUCCUUGGGGCCAGUCUUCACACCAAAUCAAAGGACCGUGAGGCAAAACAAGAUAUAUAUUAGAAAUUGUGGCUAUUUAAUGGUUGUUUUGGAGGCUUGCAGGAAGGAUUGUUGGGGGGGGGGG